GAAAAUGUCAGAUUACAGGUGAAGCCAAGUCGAGGCCUCCCUGCUCACUCUUCCAAUGUGCACGGGCAAAACAGCUUGAAAAAUCAGGGGAUACGAAUCGUUCACGCGGCUCGCCCAGAGGGUAGCGAACCAACUAACCAGGCGACUGGAGCCAAUUUUUAUCUCCCAUACAUGUCCAAUUCACUUGCCGUCAAAAUCAAGCACACGAGGACUUCACGUGGACUUGGCGUUUUCACUACACAGAGCUUUCCGGCAGGCCACAGAAUCCUGCGUGAGGGAGCAAUCUUCAGCUGUCUUCAUCCAGCGCAGGCAGAAGAGACCGAAUGGAGGAGGUCAGUUGUUGAUCGUUGGCGCUGGCUCGCGGUGCUGGACCAAAGCUGGUUCAAGGAUCACUUCCCCCAUAUACAAUACAUGCCAUUGGGAACGCUAGAGCUCACGCCACAUGAGGCCACUAAGUUUCUCUGCUUCCUUUUGGAGUACGCUUUCAGCAAUCCCCAGCGAAACAGGAUAAACAUCUACCCCUUUGCGUCUCACAUAAACCACGCGUGUGACAAGUGCGCCAAUGCUCAAUUUUGGAUCCAAGCAGAGGCACCGGUCAGGAUCACCGUCAGACUUCUCAGGAAUGUGAGGAAGGGUCAGGAAAUAUUCAUCAACUAUAACAGACCUUCGGGCAAUACGUUUGGUUGUGCCGUCUGCGGCGCUCGGGAUGGGGAGACAUCUCGCUUUAGACAAUUCUGG